ACAAACAUAAUUUCUUCUGAUAUGGUCACAUUCUCUCACUGAAAAAGAGCCGAAUACAAACAUGAAUCGACAAUCUAGAAACGAAGGUCAACGCCAUCAGACGGUUUCCAGCAUGGUCAACCAGAUCAUGUUCUUCAUGCUGUGCGAUCGCUGGUUUUGUCCAGAUAACAAACUUACUGGAUUAUAUUCUUUAAUGUUCUACAAUGUCAUGUCCUACUUAUUUUCUUAUGCCUUUAAAUUGUUGCGUCUGCAUGAUUAUUCACCCAUUGUUCGUGUGUCUGAACAUACGAAUAUUCGGCAUCUGGCCAUGACAGCCACCAAAGUCGUCUUGGAUUUGACCAAAGUUAUCACGUUUCUGAUUACCGGUGUGUUCAUGUUGUUGGUAUUUGGUUUGGAACAAGGAUUAGAACAUUUCAGUCCAACUUGGACCUAUUUGUUCGUCACUGUGCUUUAUUUUAUGGUCACAGAGCGUAGAUGCCUGGAAAAAGUACCAUCCAUCCUCACUUGGUUUCAGUUUGAGGUUUUAGAAAAUCUAGAAGUUCUCUGGACUCCAGUUCUUCUUCAUUUAUUUACCUCUCUGGCAUCCAUAAUAAUGAUAACUUUGGUAUGGUUUUUCACAGAUGGAGGAUGGUUUCUCAUUCUUGGAGCUAGUUAUAUCAAUAUAUUUUUAACUCUCUGCGAUAUGGACUAUCAUUGGAAAGUUCUUUUAAAGGAGCGGGCAUGUUUAGACAAAUAUCGCUAUGCAACCCGCCAAGAAUUGAAGGAACGAAAUGAUGUCUGUGCUGUUUGCCUGCAAAAUAUGAAAUAUGCUCGUGUCACUCCAUGUAAUCACAUGUUCCAUGGUGACUGUUUGCGAUUAUGUCUGAAGGGUGCUUCCAAUUGUCCUUUAUGCAAGCAGUUACUAUAAAUUGUAUAUAAUUUUCUGGCUACAAAAUUUAUUUGUAAAUUAGAAUAUGAAUAACUUAUUUAUCCUUGCUGCUGAUAAAAUCAAGGAUUUUUAUUUGCCCAUUAUAAAAUUUAAAUUAUAACUGUGCCUUAAAAAUAUCUAGUCAAGAUUUUAAUGCCUUAGGCCUGUUUAAUGUGUACAAAAGAGGUUGAAACUUGCACUGGAACUAUUAACUACUACUUUAUUUAAAAAACAUUCUCACUCUAGAGAAAAAAAAUACAAUCAUCUGAAUUUUGAUUGCUUCUGCCUUCACAAAAUGCACCAUAAAUUUAUAUAUAUACAUAUAUUUUUCUUAUCAAUGCUAUUUCUAAACUAGGAAUGUUUGCUGUAGUCUAUAAAUUAUAUUUGACAAAUUAAAUUUUUUUUUGUCUAUUUUUCUUUAAUAUUGAGCUUACAAUAAUCUUGAAAGAAGAAUAGACUUAUGUAAAUUUCAUGGUUGAAAAUAAAAAUGAUUGACAAACAUUUUUAUUAGGGUUUCUCUAACAGGAUUCCAGCUGUUUUUUAACUCGGAAAAUCCCGUAAAUUUCUUAAAAGUUCACUUUUUUCUUAUUUUGUGUUAAGUUUGGGGAAAUUUUGCAAAUAGAAAGUAUAAUUAACUCAUAAACUGUCAGAACACAUUUAUACUUAUUAAUUUUAAGCCUGCUUAUUAGUUUUUUAAAGUUUUGCUUGUUAUGGCAUGUCACAGAUUGUUAAUAAUCAAUAUGUAGCCUAUUUGUGGCAGGACUGAAAAUUACUUAUCAGAACCAGUAAAAUCUUGAAUAAUUUCACCAAUACUGUCUUAAUUUUUAACCAUGCCCAGUAGCUUCAAUAACUGCAUUAUGCCAGGUUGUGCAAAUUGGGCAUGGAUACA